UUGGGCUACCCACAUUUCAAUGCAUUAGUUAGGUGGAGAUUCAAAAUUGUGUUGUGCUUUACUAGGGUGGAAGACCACGUGUUGCAGACUUCGUUCAUGGUUCUGAUGGAUUAGGGAACAUUUCCUUACCUCCUCCAAAAUCCAAGAAAAUUGAGAAGACGGCAUCGGAAUUUUUGGUGGAUAUGGUUUCUAAAUAUCCUGGUGAAGUAUCCAUACUUGCGCUGGGACCAUUGACAAAUUUUGCUUUGGCAAUGAAAAGGGACUCAUCAUUUGCAAGAAAGGUUAAGAGAGUAGUUAUUCUUGGUGGAUCUUUCUUUGCAUUGGGGAAUGUCAAUCCUGCUGCUGAAGCAAAUUCCUUGGGAGUUGAGGCUUACACAUCAUGGCAAGGAUUAAACCUCAAGCUCUGCUACAACAAAGCAAGAAGAAGAAGGAUCCAAGUCGUAUCGGUGCCACUGCAGUUAUUUUGUACAGCUUAAUUAUAGUUGUGAUGGUGUUUUUCCUGUUUUCUACUUACAGACAUUGGACUCAGGUUUGUUGGAAUCUUCUUUGAUGAAUUAAUACUUGUUAUUUUGAUAAAGUAGGAUUCAAAGGGACUAGCAU